AUGCUCGCCACCAAUUUCCUCCUCUUCCAUCUAACCCUCUCCGUCCUCUACCUCGCCUCCACCUUCUCGAAACUCGACCCGCCCAUCAAAAUCACGAACCUCGUAGUUUACGUCCACAACUACUACACUGGCGCCGAUGCCUCCUCAAUCAGCGUCGCCGGCAAACAGAACCCUAUCGCCGAUGUUGCCAGUGUGAAACUAUGA